AUCCUACGUCUAUUUUAAUACUUUGCAUAGUUGAAUAUUCUCUUUCGUCCAUCGUUUGGCUUUCGUCUUUUACCUAAUUAUCGCUGCGCUGGUGGCAGCAACGCAGAGGAAAAAAACCACCCGGGACUUCCGGCCAGCUUGCCUACGCUCUUUUACUCCCCUUACGCCCCUACGAAAUAUCUCCGCGAUGGCUUCGUCUAUGCAUCUGUCGAGGAUACGGAAAUGGCUGGCUUCGUCUCCUCCCGUCGAGGGCGCUAUAUACUACCUGCGAGAGCUGUUGAUCGGCGCGCUGCGACAGGGCCCUAUUCCACAGCAUGUCGCCUUCGUGAUGGACGGGAACCGGCGGUUUGCCCGCAACCAGGGCAUCGAGCGGGUGGAGGGACACAAUCUGGGCUUCGAGGCGCUGGCAAAGAUUCUAGAAGUGUGCUAUAGCUCCGGCAUCAAAGUCGUGACGAUAUACGCCUUCAGCAUCGAGAACUUCAAGCGGUCCAAGUACGAGGUCGAUGCGCUGAUGGAGAUGGCGAAGCUGAAGCUGCUGCAGCUGUCGGAGCACGGCGAGCUGCUGGAGAGGUACGGAGCGAGCGUGCGGGUGCUGGGCCGACGAGACCAGAUACGCCCGGAUGUGCUGGAAGCCGUGGACAGGACGGUCGAGCUGACCAGCGGCAACGGAGACGCCAUACUCAACAUCUGCUUUCCCUACACCUCGAGAGACGAGAUUACCUCCGCGGUCCGCAACACGGUGAUGGAGUACAGCACCCCGCUGGACAGGACCCAGCUUCCGGCAGUGAAUUCGCCGCGUCGACCGUUCUCUGAGAAGCGGAUUGUCGAGAAUAUUCGUGAGCAUACGCCCAGUGCAGACCCGCGCGAGUCGCUGUCAAACGGAAGCAAUAGUCCCGUCACUACGUCUUCGGCCAACGAGACGGCAUCGGACUCCAACUCGUCUCUCUCCUCGGCCACGACGCUGCACCUUGCAGCCUCCGGGGAGACGAACGGGAGCAGCGGGACAGGCAAGCAGCGGCAUCACCACCACCAUGAACGUCAACACCGGCAUCAUCAUCAGCAUGCCACUGCGUCGCCCGAGCUGUAUACCUCGUAUCCCCCCAACAGCGACCAGCUGCUGUUUCACUCGCCCGAGACGAUCACCACGCAGACGCUCAGCGACCAUAUGCUCACCGCUGGCUGUCCACCGCUGGACAUCCUGAUCCGCACCUCGGGCGUCGAGCGUCUCAGCGACUUCAUGCUCUGGCAGUGCCACCAGGACACCCAGAUUGUGUUUCUGGACACGCUGUGGCCGGCCUUUAGCCUGUGGGAGUUCCUGCCGGUGAUCUGGGACUGGCAGCGCAGGAUCAGGAAGACCGGCCCAAGACGAGAGCUCGAGUUCGACUUUCCCAGCGCAUACAACUCGGAUUCAGAGCGGAUGAACGCUGACAGUCCGUGGCUGACGGAGGACGAUGAUAUCAAAUUCAAGUCUCUAUAGACGCUACCGCCUGCGUAUACCCCUGCAUCUACCUACCUUUUGCCUACUCUGCCUAUACCUACACCUUCUUCUCCUUCUCCUUCUACCUAUGCUUCUUCUUCUCUACCUACUGUCUCUUACUGUAUAAUAGUAAUGAAAUCCGCAUAGACGAGUUCGUACAAGGUUCCUCAGCCAAACCACCGCGCCACCAGUAGACCCGAGCCAGUUGGGCAG